AUGGAGUCCACCGCUUCCUUCACUCUGGACGCCACGACAGUCCUAUGUAUCGUAUUUUCGCUUUCUAUGAUGCCAAUUGCGUAUCUAUUGAGCAAGACACUUGUCCCAGCUCACAGGACACGCGAUCGCGUCCUCUUUUUCUGGCACGCGUAUGACGCGCUCACCCACAUCUUCAUCGAAGGCUCCUGGCUCUACGAAUGCUUCUUCAGCUACAUCCCUAUCGCUGAAAAUCACAGCGUGGAACCCUUCUUCCUCAAUGAUCCGAGCCGUUUGUACGGUCCCGCCUACGGAACUGGACCUAGCUCGCGUCUGUGGCAGGAAUACGCUAAGGCUGAUCGCCGCUGGGCUGGCGCCGAUUUGACUGUCGUCUCGCUAGAGUUAUUGACCGUCUUCCUUGGCGGACCGACAGCGAUAUACAUCUGCUACCUGCUGUGCCGGUCGUCCAAUGAGAAGAUCAGCGCCAAUUCCCGUGGUGGUGUUAAGGCGACGCUGUGGCUGGUUUCAACUAUGCUUGCUACGGCUGAGUUGUACGGUGGAUUCAUGACUUUUGCACCGGAGUGGCUGACGGGAAGCUCUCAGCUCGCUACGGAGGAUCCGGUUUACCUUUGGCUUUACUUGUUCUUCUUCAACACCCUCUGGGUCUUUGUCCCUCUGUGGGUGUUGUGGGAGGCGGCGAAAGAGCUACGCGGUGCCUUUGUGGCGGCCGAGCCUCAAGAUGGAAAGAAGGUCCAGUAA